AAGACACAAUACUGAUCUACAGCUGCACACGGGAGGGAGCUGCAAUGGUUUUUUUCCGCGUUCUGUGAUCAUAUUAUGGCCUUGCUUUUUGAAUUCUCUUUGAAAAUUUAGGGCUGUCACUCGAUGCGGUUCUGUAACUACAACGACUUGGAAUUUGAAUUAAUUCUUACGGCUGGGAAUAGCAUUAAACUUUAGGAUCUUUUUGCUUGUUCUGAUCCCCAGCUGCAGCUGAAAAUGUUUUUUCUCUUGCGUCUGAACUGAUUAUUGAUGCAGUCGUGUCUUCAGGUCCUCCCAUGACGAAAAUUUGUGUCUUUUGGACCAGGUUUGGGUUUGCAGUUUCUUUCAUGUUUGAUUGUGGUCGGUCUGCAUGAGCAUUAGUUUCUGACUAUGAAAGUGAAUUUGUAGUCAUUGAUGUCUUCAUGAAUGGCGGGUCUACGUAGUUCUUCCCGUGCUUUGCCGUGGCGACGGGGUCAGAUUGCAUUCCUUACAACCACGCGGCUUUUGCAGUAAGUUGAUCUUUCCACGGCGUUGGAGACGAAAGGUAAGCCUAUGCUGCAGCAGCCAUCGCAGGAGUAGGUCUUUGUACAAAGCAUACCUAGUGGAUAUUUUCGUUUCGGGAAGUCAGAUAACACAGGAACAGGCAGACGUGCUUCACUCGCUUCGUAACUGUUGGCGCUGCCAAGAAUAGUCCCCACUCACCAGCAAGGUCUACUGCUGAAGACAACUGCAAGCAAGAAAGAUUUUUCAACGGCGCUGUUGAUUGUACCUCGUCGACUUCUACUUGGGAGCAGUACUACUCUACUUGGGUGCCAUUCUGCCUAGUGUGCUAGGUAGUAUCUGCCUACGACUUGUUCGCUUCUCUGUUGUAUUCGGUGGGAAUAAAGUUACUGCUGCUGCUCCAUAAACCACGACAAGAUGGUGCUCGCUGAUUUGGGUUCGCAGCUUACUGGCGCCUUGCGCAAGCUGAACUCAGCGACGGUGGUCGACGAUGAAGCGGUCGACGAGUGCCUCAAGGAGAUAUCCAACGCGCUCAUGAAAAGUGAUGUCAACAUACGAUACGUUGUGUCGAUGAAAACAGACAUCAAGAAGAAACUCGCGGCGCAAGAGGGGGAAGGAAUCAACAAGAGGCGGAACAUACAAAAACUGGUCAUGGAAGCGCUUGUCAAAAUGGUACUUACAUACUGAUUAUGAAGAGUACAUCUACUAUGUACAAUUCUUACGCAAUAACAGGAGAGCGGACCGCCGCCUGUUGGUAGCAAUUUUGUAAGCUCAUUGAAUAUUGUUUUGCAAGAAGUAAAAUCGCACGUGACAGGUAUCAGCCCCACAGCCUUUGGCAAAGUUCUCAAGGGGGAAGCCAAACGUGGUUAUGUUUGUCGGUCUACAGGGUGCGGGAAAAACUACGUCUUGUACGAAGUUUGCACACUACUACGCGAGAAAAGGCUUCAAGUUACGUUGAAAGACUUGUAUGUAAUGAAAUAGAAAUCGCGUAUGUACGACGUACAAAAACAGAUAACCCAUCUGACUCUCCUCCUCAGCUUCAAAAACCUCAACUGUUUACCUCUCGAGUGUCAUUUUCAUCUCAGUAUAAGUAUUGACAAUCGUGGUCUCACACUUUCGUUUGUACUUUGUUUAUUCGGUAACGAUCCAGGGUUCGAUUGAUUUGAGCCUCGUCUAAGUCAUACAGCCUUGGUUUGCGCAGAUACGUUUCGUGCAGGUGCCUUUGACCAGCUGAAACAGAACGCAGCGAAAGUAAAGAUCCCUUUCUUUGGCAGCUAUAGCGACACAGACCCUGUCCGAAUCGCAGAAGAAGGGGUUGAAAAAUUCAAGGCAGAGAAGUACGAGGUAUAGUGCUUAGAUAAAGAACUCAGGAUUUUGCUCUUGGUCCCGUCCGAGUCGUUGAUUACUUCCACCCGGAUCUGAUGAUACGAAGGAAGAUUGUUAAUGACAAUCGUAGAACGAUUUAGAAAACACACAUUCUUGUAGAAAACUGGUACUGAUUUUAUUCCCAUGAUGCAGCUGUAAUCUUUACUCUUCAGUUAAGAAUACACAAUAGCUAAUCGAUGUACACACAACUUUGAUCACACAGAUGAUAAUAGUCGAUACUUCCGGACGGCAUAAGCAGGAACAGGCGCUCUUCGAGGAGAUGGAGCAGGUGCAGGAGGCCGUCAGCCCACACGAGAUAGUUUUCGUGAUGGAUUCACACAUAGGACAGGCCUGCUUUGAUCAAGCGCGAGCCUUUCACGAUGCCUGCGGGUACUGCUCAUUGGAUAAUUCAGGACUGAUCUCGAACUCGAUGAAUUUUUCUAGGUCUAGGUCAAUUUACGGCCUACUUAUCAUCAUGAGUGUAUAACCUGUAAUCUUCUACCUAGAAGAUUGCGAUUUGAAUUGCCAAAUCAAAGGUCUAUCGGGUCCGUGAUUGUUACCAAGCUAGAUGGUCAUGCGAAAGGUGGUGGCGCGCUUUCAGCUGUCGCCGCAACUGGUGCCCCCAUUAGAUUUUUAGGUACGGGUGAGCAUUUCCAGGACUUUCAGAUGUUUGACGCGAGCAGUUUCGUCAGCAAGCUUCUGGGGUUAGGUGAUCUCAAAGGCUUGGUUACCACACUGCAGGACCACAUGCCGGAUCAGAAGGAGCAGGAGAAGAUGGUAGAGCGGAUGAGUCAGGGUGAGUUUUCACUGCGAGACUUCUACCAGCAAUUGAAGACAAUGAUGAGCAUGGGGUCAAUUAGCAGCCUAAUGAGCAUGAUACCAGGGAUGGGCGGCCUCGCCGAGGGAAUGGGAGCAGGCGGCGAAGAGGAGGUAGGACAGCACUUCAAUCGAUCUUAGUCUACUUGAUAUCACAUUAUGCUCUACUGUAACAUUGUGACACCUUUCUUAUAUAACUUUCACUUGCAUAAAAGAGCGAUUUCUAGGUCUAUUUACGAGCUGUGUUAUUUGUGUCUUCAUUUACAUCGGAAUCGUCAUCUUUCUUUAGCCUUCUCAUCAUCACCUCUUUAUCGUCUACACUGAAUCCCCAUCUUGUUUUCGACUACAACCUCCAGGCACAGAAGAGGCUCCGCCGGUUUCUUACAAUGAUGGACAGUAUGACAGAGGCAGAAUUAGACUGCAAGCCGGAGGCCAGAAUAGAAAAAAAUCCAACGAGAAUACUACGAAUAGCGAGGGGAGCCGGGGUCGAUCCAAGAUAUGUCGCUGAAAUGUUAAUGGAGCACAAGAAGUACUACUUGUUCCACUAUGAUGAUGAUCUCUGUAGAACUAGAACAAGAAGUUUCAUUAAAUUAUACCUCAUACGUUGUGAUUGUGUUUUUGUGAUGAUUCUUGUGGCAACGAACCUAUUCGAAGUAGAUCUUCUGUGAUGAUUACUUCAGAAGAACUUCUUGACCUACAUCACGACCAGGUUUGAGAAAACGAUCGGCAAGCUUGGUAAAAGUGGCAUUAUCGGCAAGGACCCGAAACAGAUGAUGCGAAACCCACAAGCAGCUAUGAAAGCCUUGCAGGGUGCGAUGGACCCUCAACAGCUUAAGCAGAUGGGCGGGGCGAACGGGAUGAUGAACAUGGUCAAGCAGAUGGAAGGCAUGUUCGGAAAGGGAGGCAUGUUAUGGCACUCGUUGUACAGGAAACAAUUAUAUAUAACAGACUAGAACUGGUAAUUUAGUGAAGCCAAAAAGUAUGGGCGCAUCAGCAUCUCUGCUUUUUUUGGCAUUGCUAUUGCGCUUGAGGCGUAUUUGUAAUACGAGUUAAGUACAACUUCUCGUUGUAGUUGUGACUCAGAGAGAUCUACUACCUAGCAAGAUCAUCAAGAUAUAAAACACUGCUGGUUUCGGCUUCGUUAGUUUCCAAUCCCAUAGAACAAGAUACCAAACGAACCACAUCUAAGAAUCGGCGGUGCAGGUGGAAUGCCAGAUAUGUCCGCUUUUAGCGAUAUGAUGCAAGGCAUGAUGGGCGGUGGAGGAAAGGGAAAAGCGGGGAAAAUGAACGCAUUGAUGAACAUGAUGGGCAAGGGUGGAAAGAAGUAGUAAUGUAAUGUUUCCAAUUUCAUUCGACUUUAUCCCUUCAUUCUGCCGAUAUAUUGGUCAGGAGUACCUGUUCGAUAGUGGAUCGAUUGCUACGUCGAGAGCACCAAGGUAACACACGCUUACACAGCAACCACCUGUUGCGCAGAAGCUCUAAGGACGUGGUAGAAGUCUUAACGAAGCAGUUGAAGACCCAUCGACCGGACCUUUCAUCCUCCCCGUUCUCUCCCAAUUAUCCUCUUACGCUUAUUACACUUUUCAUAUUCAUGAUCCAGUGAUUAGUAGGGUACGGAUGCGACCAAAAAAUGCCUCCCUUUUUCCGCUCCCCUCCCUUUGAACAUUUCGUCUUUGAAAUAACCAGGAGCCCUGGAUGCGUCCUGCGCGAUAUCGACUACGGACGAUCUAGAUCGUGUCAAAGAUUACGGACGUUGAGAUUCCAAAACUGCGGUGUUCGCAUUUGUUCUACUUGUGCUGUCCUUCUGAGUAGAGGAUGUUACCUCCAGAGAGUACUUGAAUGAAAAUCAUUUAGUCGGCCUGGCUGUGCUUGCUGUUUUACUUAGUGGCUGGACAAUCACAUCUCCAGAUGAAGUAUCAAGUAGUGUGGAUCUUCCUUCUAGACCUCUUCCAAUUUCGUGAGUACCAAGUGCACCAUCUAUUGCUGCUGGGUAACGGAACUAGAAUAAAACUGUUCCAUAGAAAAUACCUGAUCUUGCGACGCGAUUGAUCAUGCAGGUCCUCUUCCUCUUUUAUACAAUACUAUGCAUAUACUAGUUCGUAACUACUAGUCAGUAUCAGUCCUCGCCCCGCUAUAUCCCAAGCAACAGCUUUCGCAUUACAUCUUUUAUGAGUGUGGUGGGAAAGGAGUCCUCGGGUUACGUUUUGGCCACCGGCGCCGUUUUUUUUUAGUUGUUGUUUUCCUUGUCAGCACACUUUCAUAUUAUUUCGCUCUUUUUUCUAGUCUAUCCUCAGUAUUUCCUCCGUCCUUCGAAGACUCAGAAAAACAUGUCGCGUGCCAACGUCACUCUGUAUCGUGCAAUUCUUAGGGCUGCGCACAAGUUUGAGGAUGCGAAUUUCAAGGCUUAUUUUCUUCGAAGGGUAUCUUGGUUUAUAUCAGUACAGAAGAUGUUACUUUCUACCCUAGUCACAGAAAUCAUCUAUCGAUUGAAAAGGGUUUUAUCUGCCGCUCCACGAUUUUGCAAAUGAGUAUUUGGAUUAGUAUCAAUACUCUAUACACAAUGAAUGACCAUAUCAAGGGCACACACAUGACAUACACAAUGAACCAUUACUACUUUCCCAGGCACGGGAAGACUGGCGGUCAGGGAGAGGGGAGGACUCGGGAUUUGUUGCGGAACAGAAGGAAAACUUGCGCGUUCUCGAACGCCAGGGGGUCAUUUCCUCUUUGUUCCCGUCCCCGAGCUACAGCGCAGAAAACAAACACGGUCCGUCUUAGAUGGCAUGUGUGGUCCCUGAGAGAGCCCAUGGAGCAGUGACGUCUUUUCAGGACAUAAUUUGGCUUUUUCCGCCUGCACGGCACGACCGAAUACAACUACGGAGCUGCGGCCUAAGAAUCACGUCGAAGCUCUCAGGGACUCUUACUGAGGGCGAUGAUGAAGGGCUGUGCGACGCAGACUAUUGCGUGGUGCAGCUGCGCCAGCAUCUGAAGCGGUUCGGCAGGUCGUGACUUCUUGCUGUUUGAUGCAGGUCGUGUGGAAAGAGCCGAUUGAAUGUGUCUUGUCGCUAUGGAUGCGUACUUGGACACGACAUAAUUUUCGUGUAUUCCCUGCUCCCCGCCUUCUUCACAUCACCCUGACUUCCGCCGCAAGGCUUCCGACUUUAGAAUUCGUGCUGGCACGAUCUUCGCCUGAAGAAUCUUACCCCCGAUAAAAGAUGUUACACCUCUGUUUUCGCCUCAGUAUGUAGGAAAUUUUAGAAUGGCAUGUUCCAAAAUCUUGCUACUCAGGGUCGGUUGUGUUCUUCAACAAUUAUCCUGUGCAAUCCCAUGAUUCCUGAAGCGUCCAAUCCUUUGCUCCGUGUUUGUGAAACAGAUCAAGAGCUGUCCUCUGAUGAUGAAGUCAUGUGUUUUUAUCUGCGAAU